CAAUGUGACAAUGGUAAGUUUCAGUGUGCCAACGGUCAGUGCAUUGACUUAGACUGGAGGUGCGAUGGAACCAAGGACUGCACAGAUGACUCUGAUGAGCUCAACUGUCGUGAGUAUCACCGGUACCAUGAUCUUGGAAAUCCUUAUACUGUACAUGGCUUCAGUUGAUGCUCUUAUAAAUGUUGAACAUGCUGCUAGCUGUACCAGAUAACAUUCAAUUCAAAUUUGUUUGAGUGUAUUUGAAAAUCUCAGACACUGGGUUAUAGGUUUUGAUUGAAUAACACCCUAUACAUAACUUGUCCUGGGCCUUAUUCAUGAAGCUUCACAGAGUAAGAGUGCUGAUCUAGGAUCAGUUCUUCUCUGUCCAUAUAAUCUUUGUCAUUGUAAUCUAAAAGGAAAAACUGAUCCUAGAUCAUAUUCUGAGACUCUUUGUGAAUAUGGACCCUUGUGUAUUUCUGUGUGGCAGCACCUCCAACCUGUAGCUCCCAGCAGUUCAAGUGUGUGACGGGAGGCGAGUGUAUCUCCCUCCAGUUUGUCUGCGAUGGGGAGGAGGACUGCACUGACGGCUCCGAUGAACAGAGAACCUGCGGUACGUACAAGUUCACAAGACUUCACUUCAGGUUACAUGGGGUUCCAGUUUCCUCUGGAUAUCACUCACUUAAGACCAAUAUUUUACUCUGAGACGCUUUAUACAUACAGGCCCUGACCUCACACAGCUUGGUCUUAUCUCAACAUGGUACUCGGUACAUAAAUCCGAGACACUCCAUUUAGUAUGAUAUGUUACGAAUUACAAUUCGUAUUAUAUGUUACGAAUUUGCAAAACGUGUUACAGUAGAUGUUAUGAAUUUGAAAACCAUACAAUAUGUUACGAAUUUGCAAAACGUAUGGGGGUGUUACACUUGCAUCACGAUUUCAUAUCAAGUGUCAGGAGUAAUUUAUCUUACAGUUUGACUUUAUUUAGAGAUAACAAGGCAGCAGAGUUUCUGCAUCUCAACGGCUCAAAUAUUCUCGAAUGUGGUAUUGUCUUAUUCCUGGGGAUUAAGACAUGACUGUUGCCUAUCUCCCUCACUGUUUAUAAUACAGAGGUAAAAUUUGUUCAUAUUGGAUAUUCCGUUUUCUGUCAUCAAUAGCUAUUGAACCAAGCAUGCCAUGACUAUGAAGAUGGUAUAUUCUGAAUCAGGGGUGGAUGGAGAAAAAUACACAGUAAAAAAAUACAUCUUCAAUCUUCAAUAGCUCUUUAACAAAGCAUGCCAUGACUAUGCAAAUUAUAUAUAUACAGUUGAAGUCGGAAGUUUACAUACAUCUUAGCCAAAUACAUUUAAACUCAGUUUUUCACAAUUCUUGACAUUUAAUCCUAGUAAAAAUGUCCUGUCUUAGGUCAGUUAGGAUCACCACUUUAUUUUAAGAAUGUGAAAUGUCAGAAUAAUAGUAGAGAGAAUGAUUUCUUUCAGCUUUUAUUUAUUUCAUCACAUUCCCAGUGGGUCAGAAGUUUACAUAUACUCAAUUAGUAUUUGGUAGCAUUGCCUUUAAAUUGUUUAACUUGGGUCAAAUGUUUCAGGUAGCCUUCCACAAGCUUCCCACCAUAAGUUGGGUGAAUUUUGGCCCAUUCCUCCUGACAGAGCUGGUGUAACUGAGUCAGGUUUGUAGGCCUCCUUGCUCGCACACGCUUUUUCAGUUCUGCCCACACAUUUUCUAUAGGAUUGAGGUCAGGGCUUUGUGAUGGCCACUCCAAUACCUUGACUUUGUUGUCCUUAAGCCAUUUUGCCACAACUUUGGAAGUAUGCUUGGGGUCAUUGUCCAUAUGGAAGACCCAUUUGCGACCAAGCUUGAACUUCCUGACUGAUGUCUUGAGAUGUUGCUUCAAUAUAUACACAUAAUUUUCCUUCCUCAUGAUGCCAUCUAUCUUGCGAAGUGCACCAGUCCCUCCUACAGCAAAGCACCCCCACAGCAUGAUGCUGCCAUCCCCGUGCUUCACGGUUGGAAGCAACCCCCUUUUUUCUCCAAACAUUACGAUGGUCAUUAUGGCCAAACAGUUCUAUUUUUGUUUCAUCAGACCAGAGGACAUUUCUCCAAAAAGUACGAUCUUUGUCCCCAUGUGCAGUUGCAAACCGUAGUCUGGCUUUUUUUAUGGCGGUGGAUAUAGAUGCUUUUGUACCUGUUUCCUCCAGCAUCUUCACAAGGUCCUUUGCUGUUGUUCUGGGAUUGAUUUGCACUUUUUGCACCAAAGUAUGUUCAUCUCUAGGAGACAGAACGCGUCUCCUUCCUGAGCGGUAUGACGGCUGCGUGGUCCCAUGGUGUUUAUACUUGCGUACUAUUGUUUGUACAGAUGAACGUGGUCCCUUCAGUCGUUUGGAAAUUGCUCCCAAGGAUGAACCAGACUUGUGGAGGUCUAACAUUUUUUUCUGAGGUCUUGGCUGAUUUCUUUUGAUUUUCCCAUGAUGUCAAGCAAAGAGGCACUGAGUUUGAAGGUAGGCCUUGAAAUACAUCCACAGGUACACUUCCAAUUGACUAAAAUGAUGUCAAUUAGCCUAUCAGAAGCUUCUAAAGCCAUGACAUCAUUUUCUGAAAUUUUCCAGGCUGUUUAAAGGCACAGUCAAUUUAGUGUAUGUAAACUUGUGACCCACUGGAAUUGUGAUACAGUGAAUUAUAAGUGAAAUAAUCUGUCUGUAAACAAUUGUUGGAAAAAUUACUUGUGUCAUGCACAAAGUAGAUGUCCUAACCGACUUGCCAAAACUAUAGUUUGUUAAUAAGAAAUUUGUGGAGUUGUUGAAAAACGAGUUUUAAUGACUCCAACCUAAGUGUAUGUAAACUUCCGACUUCAACUGUAUAUCAUUAUUUAACAGUGACACAUACACUACCAGUCAAAAGUUUGGACACACCUACUCAUUCAAGGGUUUUUCUUUAUUUUUACAAGAGUGUGCAAAGCUGUCAUCAAGGCAAAGGGUGGCUAUUUGAAGAAUCUCAAAUAUAAAAUAUAUUUGGAUUUGUUUAACACUUUUUUGGUUGCUACAUGAUUCCAUAUAUGUUAUUUCAUAGUUUUGAUGUCUUCACUAUUAUUCUACAAUGUGGAAAAUAGUAAAAAUAAAGAAAAACCCUUGAAUGAGUAGGUGUGUCCAAACUCUUGACUGGUACUGUAUAUAUAAACUAAAUUUAAAUAGGAAGAAAAGCAAUGGGUUUUUGUCCAUCCUCUCGUGAUUCUGAAUAUAUCAUUUUCAUAGUCAUGUCACGGUUUGUGUAAGAGCUAUUGAAGAUUGAAAGCAAAAAAAGAAACUAAAAAAGAAACAACAAAAAAUAAAAGGUUGUGGAUUUUUGUACAUUCUACCCUGAUUCUGAACAUGUCAUUUUCAUGGUCAUGCCAUGCUUUGUCUAAGACUAUUGAAGAUUGAAAUCCGAAAUCUUAUUAUUUAAAAAAAAGAGUGUGAAUUUUUCUCCAUCCACCCCUGACUCAUAAUCUACCAUUUUUAUAGUUAUGGCAUGCUUGGUUCAAUUGCUAAUGACGAGAGAAAACCGAAUAUCCACGGAAUAUCCAAUAUUAAACUAAUUUUACCUCGGUGUUAAUGUGAUUUUGGAAAGAAUUCAGACCCCUUUACGUUUUCCACAUUUUAUUACGUUACAGCCUUAUUGUAAAAUGGAUUAAAUUGUUUUAUUCCCUCAUCAAUCUACACACAAAACCCUAUUUCAAAAUGUUUGCUAAAAAAUAAAUAAAACGUAAAUAUCAUAUCAUAAGUAUUCAGACCCUUUACUCAGUACUUUGCUGAAGCACCUUUGGCAACGAUUUCAGCCUCGAGUCUUCGUGGGUAUUACGCUACAAGCUUGGCACACCUAUAUUUGGGGAUUUCUCCCAUUCUUCUCUGCAGAUCCUCUCAAGCUCUGUCAGGUUGGAUGGGGCGCGUCGCUGCACAGCUAUUUUCAGGUCUCUCCAGGGAUGUUAGAUCGGGUUCAAGUCCGGGCUCUGGCUGGGCCACUCAAGGACAUUCAGAGACUUGUCCCGAAGCCACUCCUGUGUUGUCUUGGCUGUGUGCUUAGGGUUGUUGUCCUGUUGGAAGGUGAACCGUAGCCCCAGUCCUAGUUCCUGGGCGCUCUGGAGCAGGUUUUCAUCAAGGAUCUCUCUGUACUUUGCUCCAAUCAUCUUUCCCUCUGGCAAACUCCAAGUGGGCUGUCAUGUGCCUUUUACUGAGGAGUGGCUUCCGUUUGGCCACUCUACCAUAAAGGCCUGAUUGGUGGAGUGCUGCAAAGAUGGUUGUCCUUCUGGAAAGUUCUCCCAUCUCCACAGAGGAACUCUGGAGUUCUGUCAGACUGACCAUUGGGUUCUUGGUCACCUCCCUGACCAAGGCCCUUCUCCCCCAAUUGCUCAGUUUGGCCGGGCGGCCAGCUCUAAGAAGAGUCUUGGUGGUUCCAAACUUCUUCCAUUUAAGAAUGAUGGAGGCCACAAUCAACAGCUUGAACAGCUCUAUGCAAAAGAAAUGUGUCUUGCUGCAUGAGGCAAAUGGUGGUCACACCAGAUACUGACUGGUUUUCUGAUCCACACUUUUUAAAAAGUUAUCUGUGACCAACAGUUGCAUACCUGUAUUCCCAGUCAUGUGAAAUCCAUAGAUUAGGGCCUAAUGAGUUUAUUUCAAUUGACUGAUUUCCUUAUAUGAACUGUAACUCAGUAAAAUCUUUGAAGUUGUUGCAUGUUGCGUUAAUAUUUAUGUUCAGUAACGCCUUGCCCCCAAAAUAAGACAUUAGCAUCCCGAGUGGCGCAGCAGUCUAAUGCACAGUAUCGCAGUGCCAGAGGCAUCAUUACAGAUCCGGGUUUGAUCCCGGGCUGUCUCGCAGCCGGCUGCGACCGGGAGACCCAUGAGGCGGCGCACAAUUGGCCCAGCGUCGUCCGGUAUAAGGGAGGGUUUGGCCGGCUGGGAUGUCCUUGUCCCAUCGCGCUCUAGCGACUCCUUAUGGCCGGGCGCAGUGCAUGCUGACUUCGGUCGCCAGCUGUACGGUGUUUCCUCUGACACAUUAGUGUGGCUGGCUUCUGGGUUAAGCGAGCAGUGUGUCAAGAAGCAGUGCGGCUUGGCAGGGUCGUGUUUUGGAGGACGCAUGGCUCUCGACCUUGGCGUCUCCCGAGUCCGUACGGGAGUUGCAGCGAUGGGACAAGACUAUAACUACCAAUUGGAUAUCACGAAAAAAGGGGGUAAUAAGUACAAAAAAAAUAAAAAAAUAAGACAUUAACAAUAAUGCGACAGGAAUGUGAAAUCCCUCCUUAUCCAUUUUACGUCUUACAUUUACAUUACAUUGACAUACCUUAUGAUUUAUGUGCUCGUGUUCUACGUUUUCAGGAGAGCAGACUUGUGGACCACACCAGUUCACGUGCCAGGAGGGCCAGUGUAUUCCCAAAGUGUACCGAUGUGACCGUGUGAAGGAUUGCUUGGACAACUCAGAUGAGAACAACUGCAGUAAAGUUUUUAAAUCCACAUUCCUUAAUAAGAUUGGUCUGUAGUUUAAGGUUCUUAAAACUUGUCUGGUUAAUUUGCAGUAGAUCUACAGUAGAUCAUUUGUGCUGCUAGCAAAGGUUGUGGACAUUUGUCUAUUUUGACGAUAACACAUUUUCACAUGAUUGAGUGUUAUUUAGUAGAUGCUUGUGAUGUACUGUAUGAUAGAUGUAGGCAGUCUGUAUGUAUGUACUAUAUGUUCAUAGGGAAUGAUACUGCAAUUUUUGGGAUUUGCAAAUGUGCAAAGUCAGACUGUUUUAUUGUUUAUGGGACUACCUUUACAACCCAUUUUGUUCUUAUUAAUAUUUUAAGAAGCAUUCCAGUUUUGUUCCUGCUAGAUAUGCGUUAGUCACCAAAUGGUUUGAUUUUUAAUUAGGGGUUGUUACGUUGUUAACUCAGAUUGCAUCUCCUAUUACUGGCCACUGGUCAUCUUAAUGUGGCAAAAUAGAAGUAGACUUUAUUCUCCACUCAAGAAAGUGGUUCAAGUCUAUCGUAAUUAAACUAUAUAAUUCUCAAUUACUUUAUGGUUUGGAUUAUUCUUUCUGAACAGGAAGUAAAAUGGGACACUCCUCAGUCACAUUGUCACAUUUAACUCAUUGCUUUGUCACAAUUUUGUCCCCACAACCAUUUUGAGAUCUUGUGACAAAACGUGCAACGUGACAAUCUACCUUAUAGUAUGUGUGUGUGUCAGGGUUGGGGUCAUCUCAAGUUGAAGUCAGCCAAUUCAAGGAGUGAUUUGUAAUUAAAAUACAAAAAGGUUUAAACUUUUGAAGUAAAUUGCUUCUCCUUUUCAGUUUAUUGAGAAUGAAUUGAACAUAGAUGGCCUUUUCUCACUUAUUGAAUUAGAAUUUCAGUUUGCUUCCUGAAUUGACUGAUUUCAAUUCAAAAUUGACCCCAACCCUUGUGUGUGUGUUAUUCUCCAGUCUACCCCAGCUGCACUGAGAAAACCUGUGCCAAUGGAGCUUGCUACAAUAACUCGCAGCACUGCAACGGGCUGCAGAACUGUCGGGAUGGCUCAGACGAAUCCAACUGCAGUAAGUCAGAUGGGUCAGGGGAAUCGAACUAUACAGCCUUAAUAGAGUUAGUAAUUUGAACUUCAGUGGCUCAAGAGAGUCUGAACAUUCAACUGAAGAUAACAUCACAUAAUGGUCUGUUUGAGGGAGUAGUCUUGACCCAAAACACCAAAGACACCUAGCAGGAUGAUAAAAUAUAUGGCCCAAUUAAGAAAUGAUGGUUUGACAUAAUCACAGUCAUGCAUUUAUCCCAUUUUGAAUGACAAUGACAAAUGAAGACACAAAAUAUAUACUUAAUAUAUGUCAGGCAUAUGGGUUGACAUAAGAUUAAUGUGUUUAUUACAUUUUCCUGUAUGUCUGCUCUUUUGCUGAGUAUAUUACAUUGUGUCUCUUAGCAACACAGCAAUGUCCUCUGCACCAGUUCCAGUGCACCAAUGGCUACUGUAUCCCUGUGUCCUUUAUCUGUGAUCACUGGGAUGACUGCGGGGACAACAGCGAUGAGCAAGGCUGUGGUAAGAAGGACAUAGACCACCCAUAGUACAUAGUAUAUUCUUACCUCACAACAAAAACAUGGUGAAGUCCUAAAACGUUGGCGUAAAUAUGUGUUCAUCUGAGAUUGCUAUUUCAAACAUUUGUACCUCUCGCUAUAUCAACUCAACAAUAUCAACCAUACAGAAUCUAAUGGAGGUUUCACUGUAUUGUUAUUUGCGAACUUUAUUGUAGUAUUCACUGUAGUGUUUUUGCGGACGUGAGUGUAUACUAUAGUAAUAUAGUACUAUAGUAAUUACUGUAGUGUUUUUGCGGACUGUAGUAUACUGUAGUAUUUACUGUAGUGUUUUUGCAGACAUUACUGUAGUAUUUACUACAGCGUUAUUUUUGCGGAUAAUACUGUAGUAUUUACUAUAGUAUUCUACAGUAUACUACAAAGUGCCAUAGUAAAUACUACACAUGAUCGAGGGAUACUACAGUGUAUACAUAGUAUUCUUCAGGUUAGUACAGUUUACUACAGAAUUCUAUAGUAAACUGUAGUAUUUUUUCAUGUUGGGAGCAGCCAUUCAGAUUUGAUGGUUAGUCAUGGCUUUGUAAAAUGACAGACAGAAAGACCGACAGAAAGACAGACACGCGCACACACACACACACACACACACACACACACACACACACACACACACACACACACACACACACACACACACACACACACACACACACACACACACACACACACACACACACACACACACACACACACACACACACACACACACACACUGUAUUGUAUUGCAUUGUAUUGCAUGAUAUUCUUCCCCUUAGAGUACCAGAGCUGUAGUGGAACUCAGUUCACCUGCUCCAGCGGCCGCUGCAUCCCUCAGAACUGGGUGUGUGAUGAGUUCAACGACUGUGGGGACUACGGUGACGAGAACGGAUGUGGUGAGAAACUCACUAGGAAAUCUUGGACAGUUUAUUAUGUCACUGACUAUGAAGAUUGAGACAUUGUUGAUUUGGAAAUCUAAACGGUAAUAUGUUUAUAAGUGACAGAGAGGAACAUAAAAGAGGAACAAAUAACAUUCUAGCGGUAUGUGUAGCAAAGUAAAUAUUCAAAGUAGUGGUCAUACUAAAGUGAAUGGAAACAAAACACAUUUAAAAAAAAGCCCUAAAACAUUGACGAAUGAAUGACGAAUGAAUGAAUGACGAACGAAUGAAUGAAUGACGAAUGAAUGAAUUAAUGACAUUUUAUUUUCGUGUCAAAUCGGCAGUUGGCAACCCAUUCCUUACGGGAUUAAUUGACACAUAAACAAACGUUAUAAUAAUUCACUGUGAUAAUUCAGUGAUAAUUCUUCCAGUGUUCUGUGCAGUGCGCGCUGCACAAAGAGUGAAAAAUAAAUCAAUACAUAAUAGUAAAUAAGGUUAUCCAAGCAAUAAUUAUAUUGCCAUUAUAGUCAAAGCGUUUACAUUUUAGUCAAAGCUGCGUGAAAUGUAUAAUUAUUGGAUAAAAAUAACUGUGUCAUUGAGGCCUACCCAGCAAAAGGUGAUAAAUGAAAUGUGUUGUCUUUGCUCUCUCAGAUAGUAACUCCCGAGACUGUUACCCUGGUGAGUGGCCUUGUCCAGGCUCCUCCAUGUGUGUGCCAGUGGGCAAGGUGUGUGACGGCAAACCAGACUGCCCCAGAGGAACAGAUGAGACCAACACCACCGCACAGCAAACCUGCAGUGAGUCUCGUCUUCUAUCUGACAGGUUUUACUACUGGGCACACCUUUGUACUGGGUUUUAUGAGGUUAACAAUUUGGUCAGCAUGACCUUUCUCUAAAUGUGUUCGGACGUGGGCAUGGACACAGGCACGCACGCACAUACUCUCAUACUUUCGCAUUUACUCGCACACACAAACACACACGCUUACACACCUGGGUUCAAAUACUAUUUAAAAUAUCUAAAUUACUUUCACAUACAUUCGAAGUAAGUAUUCAGAUAUAUUUCAUUUGAAAAGACAAGUAGUUUAACAUUUUAAUGUAUUUGGAAACACACUUGGGAAGCUAUUUGAAAAUGUCAAAUACACUGACUCAAAUACACUCCCAUGCGUUUAACCCAGGUAUUUGAAAAUAGUAUUUAAAUCAAGUAUUUUAAAAUCCUCUUAAAUACAAUUUGGUCGACUAUUUGUUUUUUACCAAUAACCAUUCAAAUACGCAAAUAAAAGUACUUGUUUUGGGCCCUGUAUUUGAAAAUACUCAAAUACACAGAAAAAGUAUUUUAAACUCCAGAUACAUAAAAUACACAUGUAUUUAACACACACAUACACACACACAAACACACUCUUAAAAGGACAGUAUUGCACCCAGUCAGCUCACUGCUGUGUGAUGUUUCAUUGGGCAGUAAAGCCAAGGUCCUGGAGUCAUGCAAUAAGACUGUACUCUUGAAUGUUUUUAUGUUUCUCCAAACUCACCUGUUACGACAGCCAUCGUCACAUUUAUGGCUUUAGCUCUCACAUUCACUUAUCACUUCAUCAGCAUGUGCGUGCACACUCUUUGUUAAAGAUUGACUUUUGCACUUUUACUUAUUACUGUGUACAACUACAUAAAAAUGACCUCUUUAGUAAUUAUACUGACGUUAUAGUGUAAGUCAUAGGCAGCCAGUAGAAGAUGGAUGGUGGACAUUCAGAGGAAGUUUCCCCCGACAGAGAUUAAGCAUAAUCCUGAACUAAAAAGCACUUUUUAGAAUCUCCAUUCAACAUGCUUCUUAGUCCAGGACUAGGCUUGAUCUGUGUCCAGGAAACUGCCCCUCAACGGCUGCUACCCAAAUGGUACCCUAUUCCCUAUUUACUGUGCUACUGGUCAAAAGUAGUGACUAUAGGGAAUAGGUUGCCAUUUGGAACACAGAAAUCUAAAAGUGUUAAAAAAUUGUUUGAAAACUAAAAGUGUUAGUACAGCAUUGGGGGGUGGAGUAGAUAGUAUUUCCUGUUGCAGUCCAGCCCAUUUCCACCACUAGUUGUAUCUCCCAUCUCUUUCCCCUCUCCCAGGCCUGGACCAGUGCUCAGCGCUGAGCUGUGAGUACCUGUGUCACUACACCCCACAGGGCGGAGCCUGCUACUGCCCAGACGGCUUCAUCGUGGCCAAUGACAGCCGCUCCUGUGUGGGUGAGUCUGAGUGUGAACGGUAUGAUUGGUGGAAGUAGUAAGUACAGAAACAGCUGAAGAAAGUGAGGAAGGAAACAAGGCCACUAGCAGUGAUGUCACAAACACUAUGAAUGAAUCCACACACAGAUUACUAAAUAGAAACAGAGACAUUUUAAAAAAUUACCAUUCUGUAACAUAGGCAAACAGAGGUCUGUUCUAUUCUAUUCAAUUCUAUUAUGUUAGUGUAGGUACAGGUAACUGCCAAAAUAAAGUAAACACCGAUAUAAAGUGUCUUAGUAGGGUGUUGGGCAACCACGAGCCGCCAGAACAGCUUUAAUGCACCUUGUCAUAGAUUCUACAUACUCUAUUUUGUAUUUUUGUAUUUAUUAUGGAUCCCCAUUAGCUGUUGCCAAGGCAGCAGCUACUCUUCCUGGGGUCCAGCAAAAUUAAGGCAGUUAUACAAUUUUAAAAACAUUAAAAUAGAUUCAUGACAGAUUUCACAACACACUAAGCGUGUGCCCUCAGGCCCCUACUCCACUACCACAUAUCUACAACACAAAAUCCAUGUGUACGUGUGUGUAUAGUGCGUAUGUUAUCAUGUGUGUGUAUGCAUGUGUCUGUGCCAGUGGAGGUUCCUCAGAGGAGGAAGGGGAGGACCAUCCUCCUCAGUGAAUCUCCUAAAAAAUAGAAAUGGUAAAACAUUGAAACAGUUAUCCUUUUUAGAUAAAACUAAACUAAAUAUAUUCACGUCACCAAAUAAUUGAUUAAAACACACUGUUUUGCAAUGAAGGUCUACAGUAGCCUCAACAUCACUCUGUAGGGUAGCACCAUGGUGUAGCUGGAGGACAGCUAGCUUCCGUCCUCCUCUUGGUACAUUGACUUCAAUAAAAAACCUAGGAGGCUCUUGGUUCUCACCCCCUUCCAUAGACUUACACAGUAAUUAUGACAACUUCAGGAGGACGUCCUCCAACCUAUCAGAGCUCUUGCAGCAUGAACUGACAUGUUGUCCACCCAAUCAAAGGAUCAGAGAAUGAAUCUAGUACUGAAAGCAUAAGCUGCAGCUAGCUACGCUGGUGCAUAAAAUGUGGUGAGUAGUUGACUCAAAGAGAGAGAAAGACAGUUGAACAGUUUUUAACAAAUUAAUUUAUUCAAAAAUGAAGGAGAAGCAAAAGAGAGAGAGAGAUUUCAUCAUUUUUUUUCACUUUCAGUUUCACUUAUUUAGCUAGCAAAUGCAGAUGGCUAGUUUAGUUACUCAAACACCUGGCUCAAACAGAGGGAUGCUAUGUUAGCUAGCUGGCUAUGACUAUACAACACAACACUGGAACUCUUCCAAGUCAAGGUAAGCUUUUGGUUUUAUUCAUUUAUUGCCACAGGGGCCGGUGUAACUGCUUACAGACUAUACACUGUAACGUUACUGCAUGAUUGUAGUGGGUUUACUUACAAAUUAUUUAUAUUAGCUAUGUUGACUAGGACGUUACUUUAGCUAAUAUUGGGACAAUGAUGUAGGCUGUGUGUAGCGGUUAUGACAUGGUUUGGCUUGGAACGUUUUUUUCGCCUGGUCACAUACAGCAGAUGUGUUGUUCAUUGAAGUCCACAAACGAACGGAAAAGGUGAGAGAAGGAGAGUGCUUAGAGGCUAGAAUGAAUACAACGUGGCUGCUAUGAAAGUGAACUUUGUUUAUGCGUGAUCAGGAGUGUAUUCAUUCCGCUGAUUCUGUUGAAAAACAUUUCUUAAACGGAAGCAAACGAAAUAGGGAUAAAAAUACCUGAAUUUGUCCAAUAGAAACUAUCGUUUGCAACUGUUGGACUAAUCAUUACACCCUAGAUAAGCUAGAUGAAGGCAAGAGUGUGCAAGGCGGUACUGUCUGUCCAUGUGUCACUGUCUGUCAUCUAAACAUUUUCUCUCGACGUUGUAAACUUUCAUUCAUUGGCUAGGUUGUAGCAACCUCAUGAUGGGCAUAGGGAACAUUUGAGUACCAUGUAGUAGCGUAAACCCAUCGAUGUUACAUUGAACUAAGUGAAUGGAAUAUGAAUGACAGUCAUCCAACAUGCUGUAAUAGAAAUAAGGCCAUGCUCAUUAAAAAAAUAUUGUCCUCCCUCAUCAUAAACGGCACUGACCGCCACAGGUCUGUGCAUAUGUUUGUGUUACUUCACAGACCUCGCUGUUCCAUAAGGUGUAUUUUUUAUCCGUUUUUUAAAUACAAUUUUUGUGCUUGCAUCAGUUACUUGAUGUGGAAUAGAGUUCCAUGUAGUCAUGGCUCUAUGUAGUACUGUGCGCAAGUGGGUGUCAAUUCCUCUCACAAAUACAAGUAGUGAUGAAGUCAAUCUCUCCUCCACUUUGAGCCAGGAGAGAUUGACAUGUAUAUUAUUAAUGUCAGCUCUCUGUGUACAUCCAAGGGCCAGGCGUGCUGCCCUGUUCUGAGCCUAUUGCAAUUUUCCUAAGUCCCUGUUUGUGGCACCUGACCACACGACUGAACAGUAGUCCAACUGCGACAAAACUAGGUCCUGUAGGACCUGCCUUGUUGAUAGUGCUGUUAAGAAGGUAGAGCAGCUCUUUAUUAUGGACAGACUUCUCCCCAUCUUAGCUAGGAGGGAUGCGACACCAUUCUUCCACAAGAAAUUCCAUAAUUUGGUGUUUUGUUGAUGGUGAUGGAAAACGCUGUUUCAGGCGCCGCUCCAGAAUCUCCCAUAAGUGUUCAAUUGGGUUGAGAUCUGGUGACACACACACACACACACACACACGCACACACACAAACAGACACACACCCUUCAGACCCCCUAUGCUCCUUUGAAAACCUUAUUUCAAAGUCACUGAGAUCUCUUAUUCUAGCCAUGGUAUGCAUGACCCUAAGCUGUGUGGAAGCACCUGCUUUCUAUAUACUUUGUAUCCCUCAUUUACUCAAGUGUUUAUUUCAUUUGGGCAGUUACCUGCAGGUUUAACCUUGGAUGAAGGCUACAUGACAACACUGUGGUUGUGUUCCCCAGACUAUGACGACUGUGACAUCUGGGGGAUCUGUGACCAGCUCUGUGAGGACCGCCCCGGGACCCACCGCUGCAGCUGUGCAGAUGGAUACUUCCUGGAACAGGGCAACCGCUGCAGGGCCAACAUCUCAGGUACAGGAUGUGACAUCACUAGCUCCACUCGUGAUCACGUGGGAGCACUACUGUAUUUUUGUUCAGGUUCAAGUUAAUUUAAUUAAUUCAUAUGCAGAAUAUAAUUGAUCUCUUAAUUGUGUGAUGAAUAAAAUGGAAAACAAACAAACAUUCAUGAAACAUACAUUUAGGGAACUGUAGUUUUUGUUAUUAGUUGUGGUGUAGUGUGGCUAGUGAGCUAGCACGAGUGAGCAUUGUGUGAAAGUGAUGUGAUUAAUUGUGGGAGUUCCAUUGAAGGUCAUUAUUCCAAAAGGGUCAUUGUGAAAAGACCUUUCUUGUGUGCAUAAUUGUGCUUAUGUAAACCUACAGUAAGUGUACCAGUUAUCAUUCCAAAAUAUAAUUGACUGUCCUAUAUAGGGUUAAGUCCGUUAGUUCAAGGACCUGGAUGUAUGCCCUGUAUUCUUUCCAAUUAUCUUAUCAGCAAACUGUUUAACUUGAACUCAGGCCUCUCUGCCUCAUCCAUAGAUAAUAACCUAACAUGGUGUCAGAAGUAGGAUCAGAAUGAACCCUUUACAGGAUAACAACCUAUGCUUUAUAUCUACCCUGUAGCUGGCUUGCCACAACUCAUCUUCACCAAUGGUGGCGACGUGAUGAUGGCAGACAUUCAUGGGCGCUUUAUCAGAACCCUGGUCCCUUCACAGGGCAGAGGUAGCUCGGUGGGUGUGGGGUACCACUGGCACAGUCAGAGGGUCUUCUGGACAGACACUAACACUCAGAAGGUGGGUCGCAUUUACUGUUUGCGGGUGACAUUUCCCUCGCUCUAAAACAGCACUGCACUGUGAACUAAUGCACCGCAACGAUCUAAAUAUGGAGCAAUUGCAUUAGUUUUGGCACAUUUAGUGCGCUGUUUACUACAUUUCCGAUUAAACUAAAGUUCCCCCUAACGGAAAUUGUCAAAGAAAAGUUACAACAUAAAUCGCUUACAGUGCAUUAGCUCACAGUGCAGGUGACUUUGCCAGAGAAAAUGUUUGCCCAUUGUGCGCAAAAGGAAGCAGCCAAGCAUGGGAGACCUAAGAUCUACAUUUGUGAACAUUUGUAUGAAUAUAGGCCCCAAAAAAACAUACUCUGUGUGUCAUGCCUUAAAGAAAUAGCUCAUUUUGAAAUGUUAGAAAAAUAAAUGUCUCUGUUUGGUAUCCAAUAAUGAAAAUGUCACACAAUAUUAAUUCAAGUAAGGUAGUGAACGUUAUUUAUAAUAAGGGUUACAUGGAGAAAAUCGGACCUCUCUGAAAUGAAAAUGGAUGGUAUUUUCAAAAGUUAGGCCUACCUUUCCACCCCAUACAAUGUAGGCCUACUGACACAGAAACAUUUCAGCUUUAACUGCUGGCUACUCUUUUUCCGUGGCUUAACCCAACGAGAGAAGGUCACAAGUGUUUCCCUAAAAGCUGUCUGGGUUCAAACAUCUUCUAUUGUACGGAAAGUGAAUGGCUUAAUCAAUUGAUAGUGACAGAAUUAGAUUACUUCCCUUGUAAAUUUGUUGUCUCCUCGGCUAUAGAAAGUUGUAGCUCAGCAUCUGAAUGUCAAAGAAACUAAACAAUGAUAUCCCCAUAUACAUCUUAGCCACUUUUUUCCCUGGUAUUUUACAGCUUCUUUCUAGCAAAAAGCAGCGCGGACCAAAGCGCUGUUGUAGAUCACUUUAGAUAAUCGGAUCUGUUUUAUUUUCUUCAAAAUCUGACAAUGGGUAGACCUGUGCUUUUUGACAUUUUCUUUAAUAAAAGGUAGGCCUAUGGCAUAUCCUCUCAUACCCCCUCAAUUAGAGUACUGGUUUUAACUUAACAGCCCUUCACUGACAAGGAGGUAAGCUAUUUAAAGAGCGCAUGGUGGGUGGAGGAAUUGGCAGACAAAUCUGUGGAUAUGUCACGAUCGUCAUAAGUAACGGACCAAGGCACAGCGUGAUAUGCGUACAUCAUUUAAUGAGUACUUUAAAACACGAACAACAAAACAACAAAACGAUACGUGAAGUCCUAAGGUUAACAAACACAAACCUCUCCGGAACAAGAUCCCACAAAACAAAAGUGCCAACAGGCUGCCUAAGUAUGGUUCCCAAUCAGAGACAACAAGCAACAGCUGCCUCUGAUUGGGAACCACCCUGGCCAACAUAGAAAUACGUGAACUAGAACACCCAUAGACAACUAAACAUAACAAGUCCACACCCUGGCUCAACAUUUAAGAGUCCCCAGAGCCAGGGCGUGACAGGAUAUAGCAGCCUAUAGCCUAAUUUCGUCUGUCAAACAGGUAGGCUCCAUCACAAUAGGCUUCAACACAAAGCCCUCUUGUUAGUAAAGUAUAAUUAAAAUGUUGAAAUGAAUUAUGCCUACUUGAAUUUGGCUAUUUUCAGCACCAUGAGCUGUCCAUUUCCGAUUGAUUGUGCAGCGGCUGCUGCUGCUUCAAGUUUCAGCACCACAAUGUAAGUUACUCGAAACUGCUUUAUUGAGAGGUCAAUAACUCUCAUAAAUACAUCAUGGGCAAGAAACAUAUUGUUUUUAUUCAAAUCAAUUAUAGUAGUAGCAAGCUAUGAAAGUUGACCUCCGGUCCUCCUUCUCAUCUUCGCGUUCUCCUUUUCAAAUUGAACAGAACAUAGGCUAUAGGCUAGUCCGCCCCGAAGGUAUAGAUUUUUGUGGACCAGGCCUAAUAAUUAUUUGACUCUCCUCCUGAACUGUCACUGUAGGCCUACACAGCACAGCAUUGGUUAGACAGCACAAACAAAAGUUUUGAUCAGCAAGAGCAUAGCAGGCCAUGGGCUCAGGGUUGUAAUAUCUAUUGCAGUGUGUAAUGCAGCCUGGUUUUAUUUACACAAUCCCAGCAGAGCAAAAUACUUUGCUCUGUACUUCUCCAAGCAUGCACUCCCUAUAGGAUAUGGAUCAUUUGAUUGAGACCACACUAAAUAGCUUAUAGGCGCACUUGAUAUUGUGCGCCCAGCAGAGAAUCAGAAAUGAUGGCCGAUAUACAGUGGGGAAAAAAAGUAUUUAGUCAGCCACCAAUUGUGCAAGUUCUCCCACUUAAAAAGAUGAGAGAGGCCUGUAAUUUUCAUCAUAGGUACACGUCAACUAUGACAGACAAAAUGAGAAAAAAAAUUCCAGAAAAUCACAUUGUAGGAUUUUUAAUGAAUUUAUUGGCAUAUGAUGGUGGAAAAUAAGUAUUUGGUCAAUAACAAAAGUUUCUCAAUACUUUGUUAUAUACCCUUUGUUGGCAAUGACACAGGUCAAAUGUUUUCUGUAAGUCUUCACAAGGUUUUCACACACUGUUGCUGGUAUUUUGGCCCAUUCCUCCAUGCAGAUCUCCUCUAGAGCAGUGAUGUUUUGGGGCUGUCGCUGGGCAACACAGACUUUCAACUCCCUCCAAAGAUUUUCUAUGGGGUUGAGAUCUGGAGACUGGCUAGGCCACUCCAGGACCUUGAAAUGCUUCUUACGAAGCCACUCCUUUGUUGCCCGGGCGGUGUGUUUGGGAUCAUUGUCAUGCUGAAAGACCCAACCACGUUUCAUCUUCAAUGCCCUUGCUGAUGGAAGGAGGGUUUCACUCAAAAUCUCACGAUACAUGGCCCCAUUCAUUCUUUCCUUUACACAGAUCAGUCGUCCUGGUCCCUUUGCAGAAAAACAGCCCCAAAGCAUGAUGUUUCCAACCCCAUGCUUCACAGUAGGUAUGGUGUUCUUUGGAUGCAACUCAGCAUUCUUUGUCCUCCAAACAUGACGAGUUGAGUUUUUACCAAAAAGUUAUAUUUUGGUUUCAUCUGACCAUAUGACAUUCUCCCAAUCCUCUUCUGGAUCAUCCAAAUGCACUUCAGACGGGCCUGGACAUGUACUGGCUUAAGCAGGGGGACACGUCUGGCACUGCAGGAUUUGAGUCCCUGGCGGCGUAGUGUGUUACUGAUGGUAGGCUUUGUUACUUUGGUCCCAGCUCUCUGCAGGUCAUUCACUAGGUCCCCCCGUGUGGUUCUGGGAUUUUUGCUCACCGUUCUUGUGAUCAUUUUGACCCCACGGGGUGAGAUCUUGCGUGGAGCCCCAGAUCGAGGGAGAUUAUCAGUGGUCUUGUAUGUCUUCCAUUUCCUAAUAAUUGCUCCCACAGUUGAUUUCUUCAAACCAAGCUGCUUACCUAUUGCAGAUUCAGUCUUCCCAGCCUGGUGCAGGUCUACAAUUUUGUUUUUGGUGUCCUUUGACAGCUCUUUGGUCUUGGCCAUAGUGGAGUUUGGAGUGUGACUGUUUGAGGUUGUGGACAGGUGUCUUUUAUACUGAUAACAAGUUCAAACAGGUGCCAUUAAUACAGGUAACGAGUGGAGGACAGAGGAGCCUCUUAAAGAAGAAGUUACAGGUCUGUGAGAGCCAGAAAUCUUGCUUGUUUGUAGGUGACCAAAUACUUAUUUUCCACCAUAAUUUGCAAAUAAAUUCAUUAAAAAUCCUACAAUGGGAUUUUCUGGAUUUUUUUUUUUCAAUUUGUCUGUCAUAGUUGACAUGUACCUAUGAUGAAAAUUACAGGCCUCUCUCAUCUUUUUAAGUGGGAGAACUUGCACAAUUGGUGGCUGACUAAAUACUUUUUUUUCCCCACUGUAACUCUAAAACACUGAAAAAUAUUGAUAUUUCAUCAAAUACAAAUUACAUGCAUAUUGAAAAAAUUGUACUCCUUGAAUGAAAUUGAAAAAGCAUCCCCCAUUUUCCUCCCUAAGUCUAAAUGUUAAGAAUAAGAUUUCAACAUAUUUGCUAUAUGUAAUAAACUCACAAACUAAAAACACACUUUGAAACAGCUCUGUUUGUGUUUGCGGAAUCAGACUUGCUUAAAAUGUAUUUAAAUUACCAUUGCAACACAAUAGUAAUACUACAAAUCGAUUUUUAACACAUUUGUCAUGCAAUCAUUUCCAGUAUGGCGUGUCCCUUGAAACAUUUUUUGCACUGAGGUUAAUGGUGCAAUCUGGGAUAUAUGCAGCUGUUUUUGAACAAUUGCGAUUAAUGAUAUACCCAUUUAUUCUUCAAGAAUCCCAGAUUGUAGCUUUAAAUUAGUGUCACUCUGACCCUAUAGGUGUACUCUGCCAACUUUGAUGGAGGUGACAUUCAAGAGGUGCUGUCCGAGGCCGUUCACAGUGCCCAGAACAUCGCUGUGGACUGGAUCAACUUCAAGCUCUACGUCCUAGAGGCCAGGGUGGAGCGCAUCGACAUGUGUGACUUUGACGGAGGCAACCGGGUCACCCUUGUGGCCGAGAACCUCUUGACUCCCCACGGGCUGGCUCUGGACCCCACAGUGGGGUAAGAACUUUGAACGUCUCUCCACCAAAGACAUGAAACAUGGAACCCAUCCCCUUUACAUUAAUAUAACCCAUUGACAAACAAACCCAUUGAAAAACAAGGACAAGGAGAUUGAAAGAGAAAUUUGAUUGUCAAUGUUUUUUACAGGAACUUUUUCGACUCUCCUUACAUGUGUCUAAAACCAACACUGUUUUUGGAGCACAAUUAUGCUAUCUUGGUCCUAACCAAGCUUAAAUCAUGAAUUCAGUUACUCUCCCACACUGUACUGCCCAUUGUAUUAUUAAUAACUGCUGCUAACUAGCGCUAGCUAACUCAAGUUAAUCAACACCCUCCUCCAAUGCUAACCCUCAAGAACUAACUUGGCUCCUGCUUUUUGAAGGUACAUGUUCUUCACUGACAGCGGCUACAUCAGUGAGGACAUGAAGCUGGAGAGGGCUUACAUGGAUGGUAGUAACCGUGUGGAGCUGGUGAAGACCAGGCUGGGGAUACCGACUGGCGUCACCCUGGAUAUUGUCACCCAAAGGGUCUAUUGGUCCGACAGCCACUUUAACAUGGUGGAAACGGUCACCUACAGUGGUCUGGAGAGGUACGCAUGCAAGUCCUCAUGUCUCAGGCAAGGUCCUACUAAUUAGGGUGUGCCAGGUAGCCUAGAGGUUCGAGAGGUGGAUCUGCAACUGGAGGGUUGCUGGUCCAAAUCCCAAGUCAAACAGGAAAAAAUUAUAGAUAUCCUAGAUGCCAUAUCCUGCCUGUGUGCCCUUAACCCCAAAUCAGCUCACAAAUUUGCAUGAGCUCAAAUUGACAAUGGAUAAUAAAGUAUUCUUCUUAUAUUUUGCCGAACCACCGCCUUUACACUAGCGUGCUUUUAUAUGCACAAAUCAUUGCCAUCUACAGUGUUAGCCAUGUUUGCUAAUUCUCCACAGGAAAACGGUGCUCAACGGUGGCACCCAGGUUCCAUACCCAUUUGGCAUCUCUGUUUUUGAAAACCAUGUGUUCUUCACCGACUGGACCAAGAUGGGGGUAAUACGAACCAACCGCUUCAACGGUAGCGAUCCAAUCCUCAUCUACCGCACCGCAGAUAGACCCGGUCACAUUGUGGUCGCACACCCUGUGCUGCAACCCAUUGGUGAGUAGAAGAACAGCAGACUGCCUAUCAAGAAGGACAUGGUUUUCUCCAGUCUUGCAGUACUUUAUAAGCCUGGUUCCAGAUCUGUUUGUGUUGUAAUAGCCAACCCCUAUGGUCAUUUUCAUGUUCAGGAGUUGGAAAAAACAGCACAAACAAAUCUAGAAUCAGGCUAGUACUUUAUAUAGUAUAUCUUACCAAUGAAUGUACUUUUACUAGAUUGGAAUGUGCCUGAUUCUGCCUGUCAUGCACCUCUGCAGGAGGUUGAGAGUAUGUUGCUCUGUCUGGUUGCAGUAAAGUCCAUAGGCAUUGUGAGAUUUGAUCAUCACACUAUGAUAUCACAGCAUACACAACCUUGGGGAUAUUUAAGAUGGUUUGACUUUGAACAUGAGCAUCCUUAUAUGCAUUUAUGAAUCUAACUUUUUAAGAGAUAUUUGAUGGUAGUCAAAAGUCACUACUGAGUCCAUCUUUAAUGUUUUUUGUGGGCUUUUAGCAUUGUUGUAAUUGACCGUGUGCGGUCCUACUCUGCUCUCUCUCUCACUCCCACAGUGAUGAGUCCAUGCGGUCGAAACAACGGGGGUUGUCAGCACAUCUGCGUCCUGAGCCACCGCUCCGACAAUGACGGCCUUGGCUUCCGCUGCAAGUGUCGCCUGGGUUACGACCUCCAUGAAGACCGCCACAGCUGCUUCAGUGAGUGACUGGGACGGAGGGGGUCUCCUCAAUUAUUAAAAGCCCAAUCCUGAAUUAAUUAGUAAAACAACAAAACGACAGUCCUGCCACUUGGGAAAGAGUUUAAUAAUAAAGAGUAUCUGAUUGUUCUGUCCCCCUCCAGAGGUGAGAGACUACCUCCUGCUGGCCACCCAGUACGCAGUGCGUGGAAUCCCCCUGAACGUGUCCCUCCAGGAGGAUGUGACUCUGCCGCUUACCGGCCUGGGGGUCACGUUCUCCUCAUCUGCCGUGGAGUUCGACGGCAACGAGGAGGCCGUGUUCUACAAUGACCGCAGCAGGCAGAUCAUCUACAAGUCCAACACCAACGGCUCCAGUGAGUUUGUAGUCUAUCAGGGCCCGUGUUCACAAAGCGUUUCAGAAUAGGUUUGCUGAUCUAGGGUCAGGUCUUUCCUGUCCGUAUAAUCUUAUUCAUUAGGAUCUAAAGGGGAAAAUGUAUCCUAGAUCAGGACUCCCUGGUUUAGCUGAAUGCGUUCUGUCAUGUCCUGCCUUUACCACAAGGUGGCAGUAAAGAUUGCAAUGUGUUGAACCGCGAUAUCAGAUCUGUUCCAAUAUUGACAUUAGCAUACCACUUAGAAUGAAGCGAUGUAUUGGACAUGCAUUCUAAGUGAGAUGUUAGUAUGGACAUAGAAAAAUAGCUUCCUGUCUUUAUGCACAUAAGUGAUUUAGUAGUAGGAAAAAUAUUGAACUGAAGUAGAAGAAGGCUAAAGAGGACUUUACACAUAAGACUUCACCGUUACACAUUCUACAUUGCUAAUUUAAGUCUGUAGUGCUACCUUAAAUUGAUUUAUUUCUCCAACUCACUAAUUCUCACUUAAUUUACUACCACAAGCUAUAUUGAAGUUACUGAUACAUAACAUUCAACAUAUCUGUUUUGUUCUCUGGUAUUAAAAAGGAAAAAUACCACAUCCAAUUGUCAGUUGCUGGACAAAGAAAGCAUAAGAGUUGUGGACAUAACAUUUUUCAUACCGGGAAUUUAAUGUUUGGUUCUCCAGACGCGCAGAUCCUGACAGGUUACAGAGUGGGCCAUGCGGAGGCCAUGGCGUACGACUGGACCUCCAAGGUCCUCUUCUGGACAUCCAGCUCCUACAGGGUGGUGGUGGCCUUCAGAGUGACCGACAAGUCCAGGCGGGACAUCGUGACAGGCCUGAAGAGCCCCAGGGGUCUCGCUGUGCACCCCAGUGCGGGGUGAGAAACAUAAUUUAAACUUAAAUGUAAUAUUUAUUUAUUCAGGUUAGUUUCAUUGAGAUAAAAUCUAUUUUUGAAGAGAGACCUAGUCCAACCAAGACAGCAGCAGGGGGGAAUAAUGUUUCAGAUAAAUCUCACAACUUCCAGACAUAGACACACCAUAAACAAUUUAGGAUCAGUUUUGCCUCAUAGACAGACACACAGUGAAUAAGAAUACAUGGACGGGGGGGACGGGGACGGGGGGACUGUCUUCUCUCUAGACAGUCCUAUAACAAAGAUAUUGGCCCACAGAUACCUGUUCUGGACUGACUGGUACCGGCCAGCGGUGAUCAUGAGGUCCUGGACUGAUGGCAGCAACGCUGUUCCCCUCAUCAACACCACCUUGGGCUGGCCCAACGGACUCACUAUUGACUACAUGUAAGGAGGGAUACUAUGUACUGUUUGUUUGGGAGUUUCUAUGCGUCCCAAUUUUCUACCCUUCUGCCCAAUCAUACUGGACUCGAGUGAUUGCCGAUGGAGACUUCCCUUCAUGGAUUUAAAAGGAAAGGACUGGUAUAAGAAGUAAAGUGGAAACUGCCUCUAGCCCAUGGCUUUACCAAUCCAAUACUUUUAAAUGUGUGGGGAAGAGUGUACACUUUUCAGAGAAUUGGAGGUCGUCCCCUAAGAUUUCACUCUAGCUCUUAAAGUAAUGGCCGGUUCCUUCACAAUUUUACUCAGUUAACACGUUUUUAAAACAACUGGAAUCUUAUAUGGAAUUGAUAAGAUCUCUGCUAGCAUGUCACAGGAAUAUUUGUCUCAUCAAUGUAAAGACGCAUAGCUGAUUCCUAUGAUGAUUGGGAGCCUAAAUAGCAACCUGAUCUCUUCUGACUUGGUUCCGGUUGGCAGGAAUGACAGGCUAUACUGGGCGGAUGCCCUCCUAGAACAGAUAGGCCACGUGGGCAUUGACGGGUACGACAGACAGAUGUUCUCCAACAUCGGGCAGAUCACCCAACCCUUCUCCAUCACUAUCCAUGCAGGUGGGCACAAUCAGAGGAGCUGAAGGCUCUUAUCUUUAUUUGUGUAAUUGUGAAUUGAACUACAUUUACGUGUUAAACUGUUUACAUGUGGGUCACUAGGGACUAUGGAUCUGUCUCCGUCCAUUCAUACGUACGUUAGUCACUCACAAUAUCUCAGAGACCAUGGCCCGAUUUUGACUAAACUUGGGUGAAUGGUGCGUCUUGCCAUGAAGAUCUGCAUUUACAAAAUUACAUAGAUUGGCCCAAGGGGGGUGCGAUAGUAAUCAACUGAAAACUUUGAACAAGCAUAUCUCUUGUCCCGUUUGAGCUACAGCCAUGAAAUGUUAUACAUAUAUGCAGAACCCUCAUGAGUAACAAGUUCCCCAUAAGGACCUACAGUAUAAGCUCUGCCCAUUAGAUUUUCAGCAAAUUAUACUUUUUGUCCCCCACCAAACUUUGACCUACAGUCAUGUUUAUUUUAUUUUUUAUUUCACCUUUAUUUAACCAGGUAAGCCAGUUGAGAACACGUUCUCAUUUACAACUGCGACCUGGCCAAGAUAAAGCAAAGCAGUGCGAUAAAAACAACAACACAGAGUUACAUAUGCGGUAAAAAAAACAAAGUCAAAAAAAUACAACAGAAAAUAUAUAUACAGUGUGUGCAAAUGUAGCAAGUUAUGGAGGUAAGGCAAUAAAUAGGCUAUAGUGCAAAAUAAUUACAAUUCGUAUUAACACUGGAAUGCUAGAUGUGCAAGAGAUUAUGUGCAAAUAGAGAUACUGGGGUGCAAAAGAGCAAAAUAUGUAAUGUUUAUAUAUAUAUAUCUCCUCAUGAUAAACAAAAACAUUUCCCAUAAGGACCUAUAAGCUCUGCCCAUUAGAUUUCCACAAAUUAGACUUUUUGUCCCCCACGAUUGUGUGUGGGGGAAUAUAUUUUUUAAAUAAAAUGCUGCUACUCUUCCUCCCUAUAUGAUUCGAUGACACUACAUAACCACCUGGUCUUUUGUCACAAAACUUUGCACAAUGAUAGAAGGUCACUCCAAGGUCACUCCGAUUGACCACAUGGUAUCUUAUAUGUGGCUAUUGCGUGCUUGGGCCCCAGAAUUACUGCUUGCAACUAUAUAUUUUGAUAACUGAUAUUCAGAUUUAGACCAAAAAAGCAAAACAUAACACCAUUUCGCAACAGCUCUGAUGACAUAUCUACCUGUGAAAUACAUUUAUUUUCCCACCUGCCACUAAGUUUGUUCCUUUAUCCUGUAAUGCAUCUCCCUAUCAAGCAGUGGAGUCCGUUCUCUGACAUCCCAUCCAUUGUGAGCUAUCAAGUUUUGAUUUCCAGUGAGGGAAAAAAUACUUUUUUUCUCUCUCUCAUUAAUCCACACAACAUAAGUUUUAAUAAUUGGCACUAAUUGGCCCAAGGGGGGAGCUGCAUCAUUUUUGGGGGAUGACAUGUUUACUGUUUCCUUUUGUUAAUUUUUCUCUUCUUUCUCUUUUUCAUCUCUCUCUACCCCCUCCUCUCUACCCCCUCUCUUUCCCUUGUAUUUCUUUCUCUCCUCUCUUUCUCUCUUUGUUCUCCCUUUACUCUUUCCCUCUCUCUCUUACCCUUUCUCUCUCACUCUCUUUACCUCCCUCCCUCCCUCACUCUCUCCUCUCUCUCUCUAUCUCUAUCUCUCUCCCUUUUUUCCUUCUCUUCUUCCAGAUUACCUGUUUGUGUCAGACUCGAGGACCAGGUCGGUGUUCCGGAUGCGGAAGAGGGACGGGGGUGAAAUUACCCCUAUCCGAAAGGGAAUCUCCGGAAUCCUGAACGUCAAGGCUUACACAGCUGACCUUCAUGGCAGUGAGUGAAAAAUAAGCAAUUUUACAGACUUAUUUGUUUUGUGAAUAGAGUUUAUACACCUAGUACGCAACAUUUGCAUUAGCAUUUAGGUUACUCGUGAAAUGUCAUCUCUACUAGCCUGGGUACCAGUCUUUUUAGCUAACAUUCCGCUCCUUGCCACUCCUGGCAAAUGAAAGGAGUGGCAAGGAGUGUAAUGUUAGCUAAAACGACUGGUACCCAGACUACAUAAAAUAAUACAUGGGUUUUAAAGACCCAAAGAUGUUUUUGCAUGUAAUUUCUGCAAAUCUCGUCUUUCUAUUUUAUAUUAAUUUCUCCUCUCUGCCUCAAAGUGUUCAACAGCCGGUGCAACAUGGUACCAAAUGGACGCUGCAGCCACUUCUGCUUCCCCGCGCCCUCCUCUAGCCGUGUGUGUGGCUGCCCCUACGGCAUGAAGCUCCAGGAGAAUCAGAGGGACUGCGUGAAGGAUGACUCAGUCCCCCCUAUCGACACCAGCUGCGGAGACUACUCCUUCCCCUGCGACGGGGGCCGCUGCAUGCCCAACUCGUACCGCUGCGACGGGGUUAAAGACUGCAUGGACCAGACGGAUGAGGCCAACUGCACUGAUACAGGUGGGGGCACUAGAAUGGCCGUUUGCAUCCUGGCAAUGUGACUAAAAUGGAGGCCAUCUUGGUCAGGGAAUCUUUUGUUUUAUACAGUGGCUUGCGAAAGUAUUCACCCCCCUUGGCAUUUUUCCUAUUUUGUUGCCUUACAACCUGGAAUUAAAAUUGAUUUUUGGGGGGUUUGUAUCAUUUGAUUUACACUACAUGCCUACCACUUUGAAGAUGCAAAAUCUUUUUUAUUGUGAAAUAAACAAGAAAGAAGACAAAAACAACUGAAAACUUGAGCGUGCAUAACUAUUCACCCCCCCAAAGUCAAUACUUUCUAGAGCCACCUUUUGCAGCAAUUACAUCUGCAAGUCUCUUGGGGUAUGUCUCUAUAAGCUUGGCACAUCUAGCCACUGGGAUUUUUGCCCAUUCUUCAAUUCAAAACUGCUCCAGCUCCUUCAAGUUGGAUGGGUUCCGCUGGUGUACAGCAAUCUUUAAGUCAUACCACAGAUUCUCAAUUGGAUUGAGGUCUGGGCUUUGACUAGGCCAUUCCAAAACAUUCAAAUGUUUCCCCUUAAACCACUCGAGUGUUGCUUUAGCAGUAUGCUUAGGGUCAUUGUCCUGCUGGAAGGUGAACCUCAGUCAAAGUCUCAAAUCUCUGGAACACUGAAACAGAUUUCCCUCAAGAAUUUCCCUGUAUUUAGCACCAUCCAUCAUUCCUUCAAUUCUGACCAGUUUCCCAGUCCCUGCCGAUGAAAAACAUCCCCACAGCAUGAUGCUGCCACCACCAUGCUUCACUGUGGGGAUGGUGUUCUCUGGGUAAUGAGAAGUGUUGGGUUUGCGCCAGACAUAGCAUUUUCCUUGAUGGCCAAAAAGCUCAAUUUUAGUCUCAUCUGACCAGAGUACCUUCUUCCAUAUGUUUGGGGAGUCUCCCACAUGCCUUUUGGCGAACACCAAACGUGUUUGCUAUUUUUUUUCUUUAAGCAAGGGCUUUUUACUGGCCACUGUUCCGUAAAGCCCAGCUCUGUGGAGUGUACGGCUUAAAGUGGUCCUAUGGACAGAUACUCCAAUCUCCGCUGUGGAGCUUUGCAGCUCCUUCAGGGUUAUCUUUGGUCUCUUCGUUGCCUCUCUGAUGAAUGCCCUCCUUCCUGGUCCGGGGUGAAUACAUAUGCACUUUUCCGUUAUUUAUUUUUUAGAAUUAUUUGAAACAAGUUAUUUUUUUCAUUUCACUUCACCAAUUUGGUCUAUUUUGUGUAUGUUCAUUACAUGAGAUCCAAAUAAAAAUCAAUUUAAAUUACAGGUUGUAAUGCAACAAAAUAGGAAAAACGCCAAGGGGGCUGAAUACUUUUGCAAGGCACAGUAUCUCUAUGAGUGGGGGACAGUGCAGCCAUGUUGUGUUUGACUGGGAGUGUGCGAACGUACAUGUGCAAGAUUGUUUGUGGUUUUCAUUUGUGUGUGUGUUUAUGUGAAAUAAUGAAAACUGUAUGAGUGUGUGUCAAAUGAGAUAAUCAGCAUCAUGUAACUGUAACUAUUGUGCUCUCAAAGCAAACAAACACAGACAACCCAACAUGUUUUACCUAUGUCCUCCUUUACUUAAUACAGUGGGGAAAAAAGUAUUUAGUCAGCCACCAAUUGUGCUAGUUCUCCCACUUAAAAAGAUGAGAGAGGCCUGUAAUUUUCAUCAUAGGUACACAUCAACUAUGACAGACAAAAUGAGGAAAAAAAAUCCAGAAAAUCACAUUGUAGGAUUUUUAAUGAAUUUAUUUGCAAAUUAUGGUGGAAAAUAAGUAUUUGGUCAAUAACAAAGUUUUUCAAUACUUUGUUAUAUACCCUUUGUUGGCAAUGACACAGGUCAAACGUUUUCUGUAAGUCUUCACAAGGUUUUCACACACUGUUGCUGGUAUUUUGGCCCAUUCCUCCAUGCAGAUCUCCUCUAGAGCAGUGAUGUUUUGGGGCUGCCACUGGGCAACACGGACUUUCAACUCCCUCCAAAGAUUUUCUAUGGGGUUGAGAUCUGGAGACUGGCUAGGCCACUCCAGGACCUUGAAAUGCUUCUUACGAAGCCACUCCUUUGUUACCCGGGCGGUGUGUUUGGGAUCAUUGUCAUGCUGAAAGACCCAGCCACGUUUCAUCUUCAAUGCCCUUGCUGAUGGAAGGAGGUUUUCACUCAAAAUCUCACGAUACAUGGCCCCAUUCAUUCUUUCCUUUACACGGAUCAGUCGUCCUGGUCCCUUUGCAGAAAAACAGCCCCAAAGCAUGAUGUUUCCACCCCCAUGCUUCACAGUAGGUAUGGUGUUCUUUGGAUGCAACUCAGCAUUCUAUGUCCUCCAAACAGAACGAGUUUAGUUUUUACCAAAAAGUUCUAUUUUGGUUUCAUCUGACCAUAUGACAUUCUCCCAAUCCUCUUCUGGAUCAUCCAAAUGCACUCUAGCAAACUUCAGACGGGCCUGGACAUGUACUGGCUUAAGCAGGGGGACACGUCUGGCACUGCAGGAUUUGAGUCCCUGGCGGCGUAGUGUGUUACUGAUGGUAGGCUUUGUUACUUUGGUCCCAGCUCUCUGCAGGUCAUUCACUAUGUCCCCCCGUGUGGUUCUGGGAUUUUUGCUCACCGUUCUUGUGAUCAUUUUGACCCCACGGGGUGAGAUCUUGCGUGGAGCCCCAGAUUGAGGGAGAUUAUCAGUGGUCUUGUAUGUCUUCCAUUUCCUAAUAAUUGCUCCCACAGUUGAUUUCUUCAAACCAAGCUGCUUACCUAUUGCAGAUUCAGUCUUCCCAGCCUGGUGCAGGUCUACAAUUUUGUUUCUGGUGUCCUUUGACAGCUCUUUGGUCUUGGCCAUAGUGGAGUUUGGAGUGUGACUGUUUGAGGUUGUGGACAGGUGUCUUUUAUACUGAUAACAAGUUCAAACAGGUGCCAUUAAUACAGGUAACGAGUGGAGGACAGAGGAGCCUCUUAAAGAAGAAGUUACAGGUCUGUGAGAGCCAGAAAUCUUGCUUGUUUGUAGGUGACCAAAUACUUAUUUUCCACCAUAAUUUGCAAAUAAAUUCAUAAAAAAUCCUACAAUGUGAUUUUCUGGAAAAAAAAAUCUCAAUUUGUCUGUCAUAGUUGACGUGUACCUAUGAUCAAAAUUACAGGCCUCUCUCAUCUUUUUAAGUGGGAGAACUUGCACAAUUGGUGGCUGACUAAAUACUUUUUUCCCCCACUGUAUAUCCCCCCACUAUGCUAUUCUCUUCAUGCUUCUUUCCUCUUCUCCUUCCUUUACCUGUUUACCAGGCAUGACCUGCUCCCCGUGGGCGUUCACCUGCGACAACAAGCACUGCAUCCUGUCCGGCUGGCGCUGUGACGGCCAUGAAGACUGUGGUGAUGGCUCAGAUGAGGUCAACUGCCCCACACGUCUGCCCUUCACCUGCAGUUCGGAACAGUUCACCUGCACUGACGGCACCAGAUGCAUCCCCAAAGCCUGGACGUGUGACGCCGACAAGGACUGCAGCGAUGGCUCGGACGAGAGGAACUGCAGUGAGUAAAAGUAGGAGGAGCCAGGAUUGGGAGGGUCGGAAACAGUUUUAUAAACAUACUGUUACUUAAGUGUAUCCCUAGUCAAAAAAUCCUAUAGGAUUAGUACUUUUUCUAAUCGAAUCCUAUAGGAUUCUCACAGUCCUAUAGGAUUUUGUCACCUCUAUCAGAUUCCUAUUGGAAUCCUAUUGUACUACUUUUUUCCUAUUGGAAAGCAAAAUUAAUCGUAUUGGAUCCUAUAAGAUUCUAACAAUCCUAUUGGAUUUUGUCACCUCUAUCAGAAUCCUAUUGGAAUCCUGUUGGACUACUCUUUUCCUAUUGGAAAUCAAAAGUAAUCCUAUUGGAUCCUAUAGGAUUCUCACAAUCCUAUAAGAGUUUGUGUCAACUCUAUCAUAACCCUAUUGGAAUCCUAUUGGACUACUUUUUUCCUAUUGGCAAUCCAAAGUAAUCAUAUUGGAUCCUAUAGGUUUUGCAGAAUUUUGUCACCCCAAUCAGAAGUGUUUUCUUAAUUUAACCCAUUAAGUUAUAGUUUGUUCUCAUUUGUUCCAGUACAAUAUAAUAAUAUAAUUUACAAAACAUUUUGUUGAUCAGAAAACAACAGUUCUAUAUUAAUUUAUGUUUUAUUCACCACCACAAUAUGGGAGAGAUUCAAGGCUGCAAGUUCAUUUGAAGUAUGACCACCAGUACAGUACAACUUUUUCAACAAAACACUCAUUAGAGUUAUUUGAUUUGAUUCUUAUUCAUGCAACUUCUUGUCUUUGAAUUAGACAUUACAAUAUGACAUACAAGGGUUCCCCUUACAAUGCACAGCAUCUUUACAUUUCUUUAUAUGCAAAUAAAAAGUAGAGGGAAAAUAAAUAUUUACGUACAGUAACACAAUACAAGAAUCCAAUAGAAAAAUCUGAAAUCAGAUAAAGUCCUAUAGGAUAGGUUCAAAAUAUGAUAUGAUUUUCUAUUGGAUUCUAUUGGAUUUUUUGACUAGGGAUAUGUUUACUUGCCUGACGACUCAAACGGAAUUCUUCCACUGCUAUAUGUUCGCUACAUACUUAAGUCUGAGACUGCCAUCAUUGAAGUCGUUUGUGUUGUACAAAACAAAUUCAUCAGCGAUUGGAUAAUCUCUAACCAAUCAGUGUAUCGAAGCCAAUGAUGAAUUUUCUAAACGCUGCUUUACCCACGUGUGUUCAACUUCUGACUCUGGCCGAACCCAUCGGUUUCUGGGACCAAUCAGAAUGGUUAGAAUGUGUUUACGUUGUAGAACUCGUCGGGGAGGUAAUCAGAUCCAGACUCAUUACGGACAAGAAACCAACGUCCGUGGGCGUGGCGUAGCGUUUGGGCGGAGCAAGGAAUUUGGGUAGCCAGGCAAUAUGUUCACAGUAUAUGAACUGAACUACAUUGUUGAUUUGUGUGUUAUUUUAUUUGAAGGGGCAGACUCAUCAAGUCCCAACUUCUAAGUACCCAGAGAUUUUUGUAAUUUCUCAAGCCUUUACCAUCUCAUACAUGUAGCAAACAGACAUGAUGUUAAAGGGAUAGUUAAAAAAUAAUAAAUAUAAACUAAAACGUGAACUAUAAGGAUUGACCUCUGUCUUAAUAACUCUGUCAGGGAUUGUUCUGCCAUUGAAAUCCUUGGACGGGCCACCUAAGCGUUUUUUCAGUCCAAACUGUGUAAACUUUUUUUGGGGAGAAAAACAAUUUCGGGAUGGAAAAACACUUUCAAUGUAAACUUAAAGCUGCAAUAUGUAACUUUUUGGGCGACCAAAUUAACAUAGAUAUGUCAUUCUCAUUGAAAGCAAGUAUAAGAAGCGGUAGAUCUGUUCUGUGUGCGCUAUUUCUAUGCUUCCCGUUCUUAAGUUUAGUUUUUGCGUCUUUUACUUUCAGUUUUGUACACUAGCUUCAAACAGCUGAAAAUACAAUAUUUUUUGUUAUGGAAAAUAUAUUUCACAGAGGUUUAGAUGGUACAAUGAUUCUCUACACUAUACUUGCUUGUUUUGUCACAUAAACUGAAAUUAUUUGAAUUUUAGCAACCAGGAAAUGCACCAUUAAACGACUAUACCAGAUAUAAAGUAUGUAGAAAAUAUAAUAGACCUAUAUAUUUUAACUAACAAUCUCCACAAUAAAAGCUAGACAGUCACUGAGUAUUGAAAAUUCCAAAAACAAUGAAUUUAGCAGUAUAUAUUUUGUUAUUAUGUUUGAACAAAAGAACACAGCAUUAGCCAUGGCAAAAUGCAUAGAAUUGCAGGAAAUUUGCUUUAAAACUGCAACAUUUUCUCUCAGCUGCAUGGCAAAAUGUGUAGAAUUGCAGGAAAUAAGCGUAAAAAAGCAAACAUUUCUCUACACCACCAAGAUUGGGGACCUCUGAAAUGUUCUCUAAAAUUCAGCCGUGUCGAUGGGCCAACCGUGCCCCCUGCCACACCCCUGUCACGUCCACCACCUAAGCCCCUUUUUGAUUCAGAAAAAACCCCUGCUCUGUCUCUUUUGUCAGACGGGACCAUCGCUACGUGUGAGCCUGGGUACUUCUUCUGUCCCGACCACCGCUGCAUCUACAGCUCCUACGUGUGUGACGGAGACCAGGACUGUAUGGAUGGCUCAGAUGAGAAGAACUGUGGUACGAUGAAUAAUCUAAGACUAUCCUCCUCUGUGUGCUCUGUCACUGUAGUUCUGGGAUGUACAAGAGAGAAUGACUUCUAUUCAAUAAACUUAUAUUUCUAUUUAAUAAGCUUAUAUUUCUUUAAGUACUCUUGUUAAUCUAAGAUUUGUAUUUUGCAAUGUUGUGCAAUGUUUUUCCCCACCCUUUCCAUUUCUCAACUAUGCUCUUCUCUUUUUUGCCUCUCAUCCCCUUAUCACAUUCAUUUUCCUACUCGCCUUUCUCCUCCCUUCACCAAUCAUCCCAUUUCCUCUUAUCUCUUCUCCUUUACCACCCCUCCUCUUCGCUUCCUUUCCUCUCAGAGUUCUCCUGUUCAUCCUAUGAGUUUGCCUGUGCCAGUGAGGACCAAUGUGUCAGUAGCAUCUACCGCUGCGACGGGGUCUUCGACUGCAGGGACCACUCAGAUGAGAGUGGCUGUCGUAAGUCAACUCGUCCUGCUUCCUGUGCCAUCAUCCUGGGUUGACUCAGAUUUCAAGUCAUAUGACAAAUUCAGUUGUAUUUCUCCCAUAGGAGAAAUAAUUGCUUUAUAAUUCCUAACUUUGAGUAUGGCUGUGUUUUAAUUUUAUUGCAACGACUUAUCAAGCCAAAUAUUUAUGCUUAUCUGAGAUUCAAUCAUAUAUUAAUUGUAUCAUAUUCAGCCCUCCAAUGUCCUUUAUGGACUCCUCAAUCAGUUUGUUAAUUUCUUACGUCUGCAGCCACGCGAGGACCUGGCCUCUGCCACAACGAUGAGUUCCAGUGCCAGACGGAUGGCCUGUGCGUGCCCGACGCGUGGGAGUGUGACGGGCAUCACGAUUGCGAGGACGGCUCUGACGAACACAACUCAUGCCCGCCUAUAACAUGCCACAUCAACUAUUUCCAGUGUGCCAAUGGCAACUGCAUCUCUCCGAGCUGGGUGAGUGAGUGGGUGGGUGAAUGGGUGAGUGAAUGAAAUGAGUGAAUAAAAUGAGUGCGUGAAUGAAACUAGUGAAUGAAUGAAUUUGAUUAGACAAAUUCUAAAUACACGGGAGUACAUCUAUCGACUUGUUUCCAUUGUGGUCAUCGUUAUUAUUAGGUGUGCGACGGCGACAACGACUGCAGGGAUAUGAGCGAUGAGCAGAACUGCCCCACGCCUCCUUUCAUGUGCCCCUCGGGCCAGUGGCUGUGCCCCACCGACCAGGUGUGCAUCGUCCUAGGGAAGGUGUGCGACGGACAGCGGGACUGUCCCAAUGGAGCUGAUGAGUCGCCCCUCUGCAGUGAG